GACUCUUCGCUUUCUUCCGCGAGAAGGAGCCGGGCGUCGACAUGAGCGCCAAGUUGCGCUCGGGCUUCUACCUGGGGAAGAAGUCCGCCUUGUCGCUGGCGCUGCUUCUGGCCGCCUUGCUUUUGGCGCUCCUGGUGCUGGCGAUCCUCUACGGACGUUGCGCGCGGGAACGGACGGAAUCCGGCCGGUCGCGGCCGGUCGCGCCGACGACGCCCUGGGACAACGCCACCGCGGAGCCCACAACGCGGCUCUCGGGGCCGUGGGACCAGCCACGUUUGCCCCGGCACGUCACGCCGAUCCACUACUCGCUGCUGCUCUGGCCCCACCUGGCGCCCGGCCUCCCCGAGCCCCGCACGCACUCGGGACAGGUGAAUAUCACGGUGCGGUGCCGCGAAGCCACCUCCACGGUGCUCCUGCACAGCGCCGACCUGACUUACCAGGGCGCCUCGGUGUGGGGCCCGCUGGACGGCGCGCCCGCCAACAGCACCCGCAGCAUCCCGCUGGCCGAGCUGUGGGCGGCCCCUACGAACCAGUACCUGGUGCUGGAGCUGCUGGAGACCCUGAGCGCGGGCGCCCUCUAUGAGCUGCGGCUCGCCUUCCAGGGGAAGAUCCAGUCGAAGCCGAACUUCUCCGGGCUCUUCUUGAACACCUACGAGGACGAAGGCGAGAGCAGGUGGAUAAUUGCAUCACAGCUACAACCAACAGCCGCAAGAUGUGUUUACCCAUGCUUUGAUGAACCUGCAAUGAAAGCUACCUUUAAUAUCAGCAUUGUUCACCAUCCAAGCUAUGUUGCCCUUUCCAAUAUGCCAGCUUUGGAUGUAUCUGAGUACAAAGAUAUGAAUGAGAAGGCACCAAGUGUUUUGAUGAAUGAAACUACACCAGUUAACUGGACUAUCACAACAUUUGAAAUAACCCUGAAAAUGUCUACGUAUAUCACUGCUUUUGUAGUUUGCAAGUUUGAUUAUGUCACCACAACUGAAAGGGGCAAUCAGAUACGCAUUUGGGCUCGGAAGGAUGCAGUUCAAAGGGGAUUUGCUAAUUAUGCUUUAAAUAUCACAGGACCAAUCUUUUCAUAUCUGGAAGACUUAUUUAACAUCAGUUAUCCUCUUUCAAAAACAGAUGUGGUUGCACUACCUAAUAUGAAUGCUGGUGCAAUGGAAAACUGGGGAUUAAUGAUUUUCCAUGAAACUUCCUUACUGUACAAUCCAGAAGAUAAAUAUAUAUUAGAGAAAAUGCAGAUUUGCCAAAUUGUUGCCCAUGAGGUAGCACACCAGUGGUUUGGAAACCUAGUUACCAUGGAUUGGUGGAACGACUUAUGGCUUAAUGAGGGAUUUGCAACUUACCUCGAAUAUCUAGGUCUACACUACAUUGAACGCAUCAUGCCAUUGGAUAAACUCUUUAGCAAGAUGGUUGUGCUACCUAUGUUGGCUAAAGAAAAUAAAGAAUUAAAUCAGUCUGUAUCAGACACAGAUGAAACCCAUCAACCAGACUCAUUAAUGGAACUGUUCAGUACAGUAACUUACCAUAAGGCGGCUUCUGUCAUCCGGAUGCUUUCCAACUUUAUGACUGAAAGAUUGUUUAUCAAAGCACUGAAUUCAUAUCUGAGUGCAUUUUCCUUUUCUAAUGCCAUCCAAGAUGAUCUGUGGAAUCACAUUCAAAAGGUAAUAGAUGAGCACAAUGACUUCCAGUUGCCAGCACCAGUAAAAUUGAUAAUGGACUCUUGGACCUGCCAGAAGGGCUUUCCACUCCUGACAGUAAAUUUUACUACUGGCAAUAUUAGCCAGGAGCCAUAUUUUGCUGAAGAAGGAGAACACAGCUCAAUUGACACAUGGAUUAUUCCUAUUUCUUGGAUAAGAAAUGGAACCUUACAACCUGUAGUAUGGCUUGAUAAACGUAGUAAAAUAUUUCCUGAAAUGAAAAUAUCAGAUUCAGAACACGAUUGGAUUGUUUUAAAUGUGAACAUGAGUGCUUACUAUAGAAUCAACUAUGAUCAAAAGUAUUGGAGAAAAUUGGCCAAAGUGCUUGAAGGUGACCCAAAGGCUAUUCCCUCUAUCAGCAGAUUACAGUUAAUGGUAGAUGCCUUUCACUUGAGUUGGUCCAAUUACACUGGGUAUGAGACUCCACUGUAUUUAACUAAAUACCUUGAAAAAGAAGAUGAUUCCACAGUGUGGGAAAUGGCAUUGGAUGCGCUGGGCAUUUACAGCUGGCGUUUUCUUCUGAGAGAUUCUGAAUUAUAUCCAGUUUUAAAGCAAUACUUAUUACCACGAGUAACACCAAUAUAUCAUCGCUAUGCAUAUCUUCUUCGUAAGAGCACUGAAGCAUUGGAAAUUAACCCAUUCACCAUACAUGCUGUAGAAGGAAUUCUUAGAACAGCGUGCUGGUUUGGGCUCCGGGACUGUUUAGACCUAGCUUCUGAAUUCUUCAACAAGUGGAUGAACAAUUCCAAACAUGAGGUUCCUAUUUGUUUUAGCUCAACUAUUUGUUGCUAUGGUGUUUGGAUGGGUAACGACAAAGAAUGGGAUUUUUUGUGGAAAAAAUUUAAACAGAAUGAGACUGCAGAUGUAUACAGAUCUAAUAUAUUCUUUGCCUUGAGCUGCACUCGUGUGCCAUGGUUACUUCAAAGAUACUUGCAUUAUAUCCUCAGUGGCGAGACAAAUCCACAAGCUAUUGUAGUGGAAGCAAUUCGGAAUGUGGUCCGGAAUGAGGUUGGAUUCUGGACAGCAUGGACAUUUGCAUCAGAAAAUUGGUCAUAUCUGCCCAUUAGGCUCACACUGCAAGCUCUCAUGACAACUGUCACUACUGACAUUGAAAUGCAAAUGAUCCAGGUUUUUCUUAAUAAUACACUUGAACCAGAAGAAAGGAUAAUGGCUACAGAUAUAAUACUGAAAGCAAAAUCUACAAAUGAAGAAAGAAAAGAAUCAAUGACUAAAAUGAUCAUGUGGUUGAAGAAAAAUAUGGAUGAUUGACAUUUGAGAAAUCUCUUUUUUUUUUAAGAUGUCUUCAUAACAAUUAAAACUUCUUGGAUCUGAAAGAUGUUAUUGUUGGGUAUACAUAAAGUAGUUUUUUUUAUUAAAGCAAUCUUAUAAAAUGCUGUUCAGUACAAAGCAGGCUACUGGUACGUGAAUUGUAUUUUCCCCCAGGGCACUCUCUACAAAAAAUAUUAUUCUGGUGAAUCCUUCCUCUCUAAGAAUGUACUUCCAAAUGCUGCGUAAAGGGAACUUCAAGAAAUAUUAUAUGUUAAAGAAACUGAACAAAGCAAACUUCAAUAAUUGAAACUAACUAGAAGCUAGAAGCAUCUGCUGUACUCUGAUCUACUGUUGUUGAUUUUCUGUGUG